CAAACCCUCACAGAGCAUUGAAUCUCACCAAUUUUCUUUUAGUUUCCCUUUUCAGUUUCUAGUCAACCAAAGCGCUUUAGUGCAAUGGCUCGUACAAAGCAAACAGCAAGAAAAUCAACAGGAGGAAAGGCCCCAAGGAAGCAACUGGCUACCAAGGCAGCAAGGAAGUCUGCACCGGCAACUGGAGGAGUAAAGAAGCCACACAGAUUCAGACCAGGAACUGUUGCAUUGAGAGAGAUUAGAAAGUAUCAAAAGAGCACAGAGCUUUUAAUUAGGAAGCUUCCAUUUCAGAGACUGGUUAGAGAAAUUGCUCAAGAUUUCAAGACUGAUUUGAGGUUCCAAAGCAGUGCUGUUGCUGCUUUACAAGAGGCUGCGGAAGCCUAUUUGGUUGGGCUGUUUGAGGAUACAAAUCUCUGUGCUAUUCAUGCUAAGAGAGUCACUAUUAUGCCUAAGGAUAUUCAAUUGGCUCGUAGGAUUAGAGGCGAGAGGGCUUAAAUACUAUUUGGGAUUUCUGCUUUCUGUUUAUGUGUUUAUUCUAGCUUUAGUUUGUCCUUCUGGGUUUUGUUUUAGAUGUGAUUUAGAAUCAUGUAAAAUUGAAGGUACUUUUGCUGAUUCAGAUGUUGCAUCUUAGAUGUUUGUUAAAAUGUCUAUAUGGGAGAAUCUAUGUUAGUUUUGGUAUUGUUAUUAUUAUA